CCCCCCCUGACCUCCCCUGUCCCACCCCAGCACCUGACCACCCUGCUGGCCUCCUCGGACAUGCACGUGGUCCUGGCCGUGCUCAACCUGCUCUACGUGUUCAGCAAACGCUCCAACUACAUCACCCGCCUGGGCUCCGAGCGCAGGGGGCCCCUGCUCGCCCGGCUCCAGCACCUGGCUGAGAGUUGGGGUGGGAAGGAGAACGGAUUCGGGUUGGCCGAGUGCUGCCGGGACCUGCACAUGAUG